UACUUCUACCCGAAAUUAGCACUGUGACCACAUCAGCGAUUCAGCCUCCACGAUCCCCCCACGCCCCCCCACGCCGGGCCUAGGGAACUGGAGCAUUUGUCAUCCGAAGAUGAGGAGCAGAGAAGGUAUGUUCCUCCUAGUCAGGGCAUGCACACUCCCCCCUCCCAACAUGCCUCAAAUGUAAUGCCUCAACAGCAGCAAUUGUCUUUAUCGGACCUGCUGUCCCCGCCAUACUGCAACAACUUGAAGAGGCCAUGAUUGGAGAACUGGCUGCAGAGCUGGCUAGUGGCAGGCUGUCUAAGCAGCCUUCUCUUUCAAUGUGGGAAAAUGCUGACGCUCUCCCCCCAGCAAACAAGAGACCCGCUCCUGAGCCUCUUCACCCUGUUAGGGCGUCCUUUCCUUCCCCUUAUGAUGUGGCCAGAGGCCACAGCACUCAGCAAGGCCUCUCCCUAGACGCAGGCCACUCUGAUGGGGACAGAGAUCCUAAUAUGGAGGAAGGGCAAUGGAGUGAAGGCUCUGAUUUAGAUUACAUUGGUUCUGCCAGACUGUUCGUGGAGGCUCACUUGGCCCCUUUUUCCGUAAAGUGGUGGCAGCCCUGGAUUUAAAGGUCACGCAGAAACAACAGGAGCCCCUGUCUAAGAGCUCCAUUGUUCUGCCCGUCCCUAAACCUUCCACUAGGUCCAUGCCUUUACCCACGUCUUUCCAAAAUAUUAUGAAGUUAGAGUGGGACUUGCCCCUCCAGUGCAGAAAGGGUAUUAACUAUGCCAAUAAGUUUUAUGUUCUAGAUGCUGAAGUGAUGAACCAACUCCGCAUUCCGGCUGUGGAUGGGCCUAUUUCUGCUCUACUGCCCCAUGCCCUUUUGCCGCGAGAUGAGGAUGCCCAGUUAAAGGACCCCAUAGAACGUGCCAAGCUCUUUGGCGAUGAGGCACUGAAUGAAGUUCUGGUAGAGACCAGAGAUAAGAAGAAAGUGAUGCCAUCCCAAAAGCGAGAUGACAAGCGCAUAUUUAAACGCACUGCCACCUCCUCCUACUCUUUUCAAUCCUUUCGGGGAUCCAGAUCCAACAAUAGAGCCUGUGACUUCAAAAGCGACCGCUCCUACUGGACCAGGCAGAGGUUUACGCAGAAGCCUCAAAACCCUUCCACCAGAACCUCCACUAACCAGACCAGACAGGGACGUCAGAACCAACGUUUCUGACUCACCGCCGCCCCUGCAAGUAGGAGGCCGUCUAGCCCACUUUGCCUCCUGCUGGCGAGACAUGACCCAAGACAAGUGGGUACUCUCCAUUGUCAAAGACGGAUACAGGAUAGAACUCACAGAAUACCCACCCACCAGAUUCCUUCCUUCUCCUGUAGCCAAGUCCAUAAAAAAGCACCACGCAAUAUCAGACAACAUUCUUCACCUGUUGGAUAUCUCAGCCAUAGAAGAAGUUCCCUCAGAAGAGCUAUUCUCAGGGCUUUAUUCCAUCUUCUUCUUGGUUGGGAAAAAGGACAGAUCCUGGCGUGGGGUACUUGACCUCAAAUUCCUAAACCAAUUUGUGACCCACAGAUCCUUCCGGAUGGAGACACUGAUGUCCAUAAGAGAAGCCUUCCUACCACCGUAUUUUCUAUCGUCAAUAGACCUAAAGGAGGCCUACCACCACAUCCCUAUAUUUGUGUCCCACAGGCAACUGCUCCGCUUCUGCUACAACGGUCACCAUUUUCAGUACAAGGCCCUACCAUUCGGCCUGGCGUCAGCCCCACGCCUAUUUACCAAAGGCAUGGUGACGCUAGUUGCGGGUCUUCGCAUGCGAGGACUUCACAUCUACCCUUAUUUAGACGACCUCCUGAUCCGGUCCAACUCCUUUCGUCAAGCCCAACAAGACGUCCGCUUUGCACUGAAAUUCCUCCACGAGCAUGGCUUCCUUAUAAAUUAUCAGAAGAGCCACCUAACACCUUCUCAGCAACUUCUUCAUCUCGGGGCAAUUAUAGACACUGCUCAGCAAUUUAUUUCCCUGUCACCACAGAGGGUUCAGAACAUUACAGCACUAGCAACAACCCUUUCACGGAUUCGAUCUCCAGACGUGAUGUUGCUUGCCAAACUACUAGGCAUGAUGGCGUCAGCGAUAGGGAUUACUCCUUGGGCACGCCUGCACUCCCACCCACUCCAAACCUUCCUACUUCAGUUUCAAUCAGACAUUGCAUUACGCACCCAUAGUCAGGUUUCCCUUCCAGCUCCGGUCAAACGCUCCCUCAUCUGGUGGACGGCUAUUCAAAAUCUAUCCAGAGGGGUUCCACUGCAAGACCCUCCCAGGACAGUCAUCACCACCGACGCCAGUCUCCUGGGUUGGGGAGCGCACUGCCAGGGACAACACGUUCAAGACCGUUGGUCGAUAACAGAGGCAACCAGGAGCAUCAACUGGUUGGAAUUGAGGGCAGCACAUCUGGCCCUCCGAUACUUUGCGCCAAUCCUUCCCUUUACAGAUGUCCUCAUACAUACCGACAACACAUUGACACGGGCUUACCUGAUCAAACAGGGAGGUACCCGCUCCAGAGCUCUGAAUCUCGAGGCCACCUCAAUGCUUCUAUGGGCAGAAAAAACACCUCUCAUCGGUCUCAGCAGAAUACAUCCAAGGCCGUCUCAACAUAGCAGCAGAUUGGUUGAGCAGACAACAGCUCUUCCCAGGCGAAUGGGCUCUGAAUGCGAAGGUAUUUCAGUCUCUCCAAAUGAAGUUCGGAAACUUCCAAGUAGACCUAUUUGCGUCAGAAGACAAUCACCAGACAGAGAGGUUCUUCUCUCGAUUCAGCAGUCGAACAGCAGAAGGACUGGACGCCUUAGCACUAACCUGGCUAGAAGGCCUACUCUGUGCAUUUCCACCGACCCCAUUACUGUCUAGAGUACUGAAG